AUGGAUUACAAUUUCAAUUUUAAAAAUCCCUGGCUACUGCUGAUAAUGUGGCUGCAAAUAGGCCAGGCUGUGCGCAAUUUCGAUAUCCUCUUUAUUCGCUCAAAUUGUUCAGCCUUAAAUCGGGAAUAUGUAGAGGCAUUUGGUUGCCCCUUGCGCAAUGAGUCACGUAAUCGUGGCAAUUAUUUGAGCGGCUAUUGUGUCUUCAGGAGGAAUAUUACAAAAAUGAUGCUAGAAUUUCGCAUACAAAUGCCAACGAUGACAACGAAUAAUAAUAAUGUUACAAAUGUAUCCCGAGAUCUGUUGAAAUUUCGUGCCGAUGGUUGUCAUUUGGCCACGUAUAAGGCGCCAAAUCCCAUUGUAGAAUCGAUUAUUAAGAAGUUGAGAGGAAGUGGUAAUUUUGCUGGGUGUCCUCUAAAGGCGAACUUCAAUUACACCGUAAAAUAUUUUGCCCUCAAUCCCGAUUAUUUUCCACCCAUUACCCCGGAAAUGACAUUUUCGGCCACCAUGAAUAUGUUUUCGGAAAAAUUCCACUUGCUGUCGGGUCAUGUAGAGGCCAGAGUUGUCAAGAAGAAGGGGAAGUCUUUGAAGUUUUUAAA